AUGCCGGUCGUGGCGCACCAGGGGCCCGUGCACCGCCCCCCCCCCCCUUUUCUCGCCACGCAAGGCGACGGGAGGGGCGACCUGGGGGGGCGCGCGUCGCCCCUUCUUCCGCCUGCUCUGGCGCCCUGGGAGGCCGCGCGUCGGCCCCCGUACUCCUCCCCCCCCCCCCCCCCCUCCCAUCUCUCUACUGCGGGUGCAGCAGUGGGGGAGGGUAUGGGGGUGGCGAGUGUGGCCAACCCGCCAGCCCUGCUGCGCCCCGCGCGCCCUGCUGCCCUGUGCGCCCCGUGCAGCAGUGGGGGAGGGUAUGGGGGUGGCGGGUGUGUGGCAUCACCUGCUCCUCCUCCUCCUUCGUCUCCCACUGCUGCAGCUGCCGCUGAGGGGGGUGGGUGUGUGUGA